GAACCGACUUUCCGACCGCGCUAAAAUGUCCGAGGAAAACCCCCGAGAGUGCGUGGAGCCGGCGGAGUCCAAGGCCAAGGCUCCCCCGGAGAAAACCAGCGACUAUUACCGCGUGAGCGAGAACCUCCCGCCUAGGUUCAACAACCCGGGCUGGUUUCGGGGCUACAGGACCAAGGAGUCUGUGUCUGUGUUCAGGACCAGCAACCAAGCUUAUGGGAGCAGAGCGCCCACCGUGCACGAGAUGCCGAAAGCAUUUUAUCCAAAUUCAAAUAAAUUUUCCAGACAACUUGCAGCCAGUGGAAUGUUCCGGAACAAUACAUUCAAUGUCUGCAUGGACAAAAGCAUCGUGACUGGCCCAGGCAACCACAUCACCCCCUGUGACCGGCUCAACUUCCACCCCAGUUACAACGUCAACAAGCCGUCCAUCUGCAAUUGAUGGGGCUGGAAAACCCCCUCCAGAAGUCUUCUGACUCCUGCGGCCCAGGCUUUGGGAGAAUCACCAUCCCUGAUGCUUCACAGUUGCUUAGUUGUAAAGGUAUAGAUUUCACUGCUUCCCCUGAAAGUAUUUUCCCUCUGUGGAAUAGAAAAAUAUUAAUCAGGUCUGUGAAUCUAAUGUGCACAUGGAAUAUGCUCAUGGAAAAGAUACUGAUGGUUGACUUUCCAUUAAAAACGUGU